UUGCCACCUUCUUCUCCUUCUCCUUCAAAGGUGCGAACUUUACCACAAAGUCGAAGACGAAAGGGAGACGAUGACGAAGGAAUCACGCUCGCAUUCGCAAUCCCCGCACAUUUGCGAUCAGAUCCCACAUCUCCUCUCUUCCUUCGUCGACACCUUCGUCGACUUCUCCGUCAGCGGCGGCCUCUUCCUGCUACCCUCCCCGCCGGCGCCGCCGCCGCUGCAGACCCUCCACCCCGCUCCCGACCGCCUCGUCGCCGUCGGCGACCUCCACGGCGAUCUCCCCAAGUCCAAGCAGGCCCUUGCCCUCGCCGGCCUUAUCGACGGCGAGGGCAGAUGGGCCGGCGGCUCCUCCACCCUUGUCCAGGUCGGCGACGUCCUCGAUCGCGGCGGCGACGAGCUCAAGAUCCUCUACUUCCUCGAGAAGUUGAAGCGGGAAGCCGCCAGGUCUGGAGGUAAGGUUAUUACUAUGCAUGGGAAUCAUGAGAUUAUGAAUGUGGAAGGUGACUUUAGGUACGUGACCCAGCAUGGAUUAGAGGAAUUUAGGGUUUGGGCUGAUUGGUUUAGGACUGGGAUUGCUAUGAAGGGGCUGUGUAAGGGGUUGGAGAAGGAGAAGGACCCUUUUGAUGGGAUCCCAGUAGCUUUUCCUGGCGUCAAGGAGGACCUUUUUGAUGGUUUUAGGGCUAGAAUUGCUGCACUGCGGCCCAGCGGGCCGAUUUCAAGUCGUUUCUUGUCGCAAAAUUUGACGGUGGUGGUUGUUGGCGAAUCUGUUUUUGUUCAUGGAGGGAUCUUGGCGGAGUACGCGAGUUACGGAUUGGAGAGGAUCAACGACGAGGUGAGGGAUUGGAUUAAUGGCCUAAAGGGGAGAUUCUCGCCACGUUACAUGAGAGGGAGGAAUUCUUUAGUUUGGUUGAGGAAAUUCUCGGAUGAGGUUGCAAAGAACUGUGAUUGUUCUGCCCUUGAGCAUGCUUUAGCCACGAUCCCCGGUGCGAAGAGGAUGAUCAUGGGGCAUACCAUCCAGGAGUCUGGGAUCAAUGGGGCUUGUAACAAUAGGGCGAUUAGGAUUGAUGUUGGUAUGUCAAAUGGAUGUGGUAAUGGUUUGCCUGAAGUUUUGGAGAUAAACGGGAAUUCGGAGUUGAGGAUCUUGACAUCCAACCCUCUUUACCAGAGUAAGCACAAGUCCCACUUAGGUGAUGAUAGAAAGAGUGGGCUCGGAUUGUUGCUCCAAGAAGGGGGACCAAGGCAAGUGGAUGUGAAGGCUUGACUGUCCCAAAGGCCAGUCUCCCUGAAUUGACUAGUUUUAUUGGAUUUGUUACAGAGGUAAUUGCUGGACGAUGUUGGGUCUUAUAGUACAGUAUUCAAAUUUAGACAGUCAUUCACCUUGUAUACCAUUGAGAAUAAAUGGACUUAUUUAUGAGAGCUUUCCACGUGAUGUUCACAUUGUAGCUGGAAAGAGUAGACUAAUUAUUUUCUGAUGAAGGCUUUGAAAUCUGUAAGCCAUUGAUUAUGAAUAGGGUAUAAUCAUGUAUAAAUGCAUUCUCGGAACGUCAAAAAUUUUACUUUGUACUGUGAA